ACUACAGACAUUAACCAGUAGUAGAAGGCUCGUUUGGUGACUGGAGGGACGUUAUGCUAGCUAAUUGCUAACUAUCUGGAUUUCAGGAAAACAGACUAAAAAGAUGACGUCAUUUUAGGGAUGCUGAUCAUCCGCGCGUCGCAAUAACCUAUGUUUCGUGUAAUUACCUGCCGGCCCGUCAUAAAGUUGACUGCAGGCGUAAAGUUGUUGGAUGAUUCUCCUGAAUCAGUACCUGAAGGGCCCUCAGUCCGCGGUGCUUGGGUGAACGACAACCGGGGAUCACCGCCUUUUGAGAGCGGGAGCAUCGAAGCUUCAGUUCAUACCAACGACUCACUGCACCGACUCUUCUGAACAUGUCACACACCGGACCCCCCGGACCCCCUCCUCGAUGGCGGAAUUGUCCCAGAAGAGGACAACCGGUGGCAGGUAAAUUCCUGCCAAUGAAAACAAUGUUGGAUCCCAGAUAUGAUGACCAAGUUGCAGAGGAGAACAGGUUUCACCCGAGCAUGCUGUCCAACUAUUUAAGAAGUCUAAAGGUGAAAAUGGGUUUGCUGGUGGAUUUGACAAACACGACGCGUUUUUAUGACCGCAACGACAUUGAAAAAGAAAGCAUAAAAUAUGUUAAGCUUCAAUGUAAAGGCCACGGAGAAUGUCCUUCAAAAGAGACGACUUCGAUGUUCAUCCGGCUCUGUGAAAACUUCAUCGAGAAGAAUCCCGAAGAAUUGAUAGGAGUUCACUGCACGCAUGGCUUCAACCGGACAGGCUUUCUGAUGUGUGCUUACCUGGUGGAGAAGAUGGACUGGAGCAUGGAGGCAGCUGUGGCUGCCUUCUCCCAGGCCCGGGCCCCGGGGAUCUACAAGGGAGAGUACCUCAAAGAGCUUUUCCGCCGCUAUGGUGACGAGGAGGACGCGCCCCCUGCCCCCGCGCUCCCUGAGUGGUGCUUCGACGACGAGGACUCCGGGGACGUGGACGACGACGGUAACUCCGUUGGCCAGGAGUCGGGCCCCAGCUCCUCCGGGUCAGUGCCUGGCAAACGAAAGAAGGAGAAGCUAAAACUGGGUGCAGUAUUCCUUGAAGGCAUCACAGUGAAAGGCCUCACACAGGUCACCACACAACCCAAACUAGGAGAGAUCCAAGAGAUGUGUCAGGGGAUGGCCGAGUGGGAGCGGUCUGGUUUUCCUGGUGCUCAGCCCGUGUCCAUGGACAGACAAAACCUUCAUUUCCUGGAAAAGAAUCCAUACAAAGUCAGCUGGAAAGCUGACGGCACGCGGUACAUGAUGUUGAUCAAUGGAAAAAAUGAAGUAUUCAUGAUCGACAGAGACAACACCAUCUUCCACAUAGCGAACCUAGAGUUUCCUUUCCGGAAGGAACCACGCGUCCACCUAUCAAAUACUCUAUUGGAUGGGGAGAUGAUCAUCGACAAGGUGAAUGGUCAGCCCGUCCCCCGCUAUUUGAUAUACGACAUCAUCAAAUUCAAUGGACAGCCUGUCGGCCAGUGUGAUUUCAAUAUUCGGCUGUUAUGCAUAGAAAAAGAGAUAAUUUCACCCCGGAUGGAAAAGAUGAAGACCGGACAGAUUGACAAAACCAAGGAGCCCUUCAGUGUCCGAAAUAAACCUUUCUUUGACAUUAAUGCAGCACGAAAGCUACUGGAAGGCAGCUUCACGUCCCAGGUCAGCCACGAAGUCGACGGACUUAUCUUCCAGCCAUGUGGGAGAUACAAGGCCGGGAGGUGUGACGACAUCCUCAAGUGGACGCCCAAUCUCAACUCUGUGGACUUUCGCCUCAAGAUCACCAAAGUCGGAGGAGAAGGGCUGCUUCCACAGACUGUCGGUUUGCUCUACGUCGGCAGCUAUGACAGGCCCUUUGCAAAGAUGAAGGCCACUAAGGAGCUGAAACAGUACGACAACAAGAUCAUCGAGUGCACCUUCGCCAACAACACCUGGGUGUUCAUGAGGCAACGGGUGGACAAGAGCUUCCCAAACUCCUACGACACGGCAAUGGCCGUGUGUAAAAGCAUCCAGGAGCCCGUCACGAAGGACAUCCUCUUGGAGUACGUGGACCGCUGUUCUCCAGGAGUCCAAGCACAGAACCGGAAACACCCACCAGACCCAGACUCUGAGCUCAUGCCCCCUCCUCCUCCAAAGAGACCCAACCGGGUGCCCUAGCCCACAGCUGGGCUUUCCGGACUGCUCUCCAGUCACAGUGUGCAUCUACAUCACCAGCCACGUUGACCUCCCCCCCCCCCCAGAAAACAGACAUUUCAAGGCUUUCUUACCCUCAGCACAUUUGCUUUAUCAGCCUGUACAUGCAAGGACUUCAGAAACCUUUAAAUGACUGCCUCGUCGUCAUUAAUUUACUUUGUAGACUUGUUUGUAGCUUUAAUUGCUGGUGUUUUAUUAAAAUGAAAAUCCUGACGCUUAGUUUAUUUUUGGUUCCGUUUUCCUAUUUAUCUUCCUUUUCUUUUUUUUUUUUUAAGUCUGAGCUAUUUAUCUACAGGGACAUUGUUAUGGCUACAGCAUAGCAUCUGACAAUGCAGACCUUGUAUAUGUGUUGUCAACUAGUUCCUUAUUUCUAUUGAAGGAAGAGUAAACAUCAUCAACACUCAGUCUGCUUUUUGAAUGCAUUGAAAUCGGGAAACAAUCCUUCAAAUGCUAGUUUGCAGCAUCAGAGAUCACAUUAAGAUGAACUCAAAGCUGCGUUGUUUUGACUUCAAUUAACAGAAUAGGGUUGCUGCCACUGUUCACUCAUAAUGCGAAGUCAGGGGUUUCCAACUGUUUACUUAUCUAAAAAGCUCUGUGUUUCUAAGAUUUUGUCCAAAGAAGCUCAUCUGUGUGGACUUUUUGUUUUAAAGGCCACAUGGGGGGCGGAUAGAUGACAACAUGAUGACAUAGUCUCAAAAACUAACUACAAAGGAGUACAUACUGUGAAACCGAGCUACAAUGGGUGACACAUAAACCAACAUAAAGUGUGUUUGUAAGGUGAAUACUUUUUAGUGUUCUUUGAGUCAAUUGAUGUUUUGAAGAUGGUGAUGGAGAGCGCUGUCGACUAAGUCUGACCCAAAGAAAAACAGUAACAUUGGGUUGAGAUCUGGAGUGGAAGUUCUAUAUCGGCCCUGUUUGAACCUUUCAGAGACCCCAUGCCCCAGAAAUGUUUCAUCCUAGGAUUUCACAGGCAUGUUUACACUGUACACAGUGAAUACGCCGUCUGGCAAACCAGCUUUUAAUUUGACUUUAUUCAUUGUGUUGAUUCAGUGUUGUGUUCAAACGUGCUGAUUUAACUGACGACUCGUGCAGCUGCGUCAAUUUCAUUCCCACCGGUAGCCAUUUUUCUGACGCUGCUGUUCAUGGAUGUAGCUGGAUAGGUGGCUACGUAGGAAGGUGAUGCCCCACACAGGUGAUGCCUCACAAGGUUUUUGAAUGAAGGCUGGGACACGGUCCUGACCUCUGGGGUACGGCACAUGCACAGUGUUACUGGAGCUGCAAUGUUGGAACCUUUUUGGUUCGAAAGUGCGUUGUUUGGCAAGUGCAGAGCAGAUUUCACUGUGCAUGUGUUGUACCCCGAUGAUAUGACGCGUGGCAUCUCCUCUGUUAAUGCUCCUUGAUUCUUAAUCUCCUUUACAAAUCUCGCAUUGUAGUUGACCUCUGUAAAUUAAGAUGAUUUCCCAUCCGACUUUAAAAACAUGCUUAUCAUCGCUCCUCCAUUUUAAUACCAUAGCUUGUUGCCAGGAAACAUUUCAAUUUAUUUUUCUUACCAUGUUGCCCACGUUGUUGCCUGUUGCUAGGAGUGUCGCCCAUCUGAACUGUUUAUCACCCACUGUAGUAUUUGUAGAAAUUAUUUACUCGGCAGAUUUCACAUGCUGACUGGUUUAUUGACAUUCUUUGGUUGGGUUUAGCCUGUGUAAAUCAGAGUGAAAUAUUGUUUCCAUCAGUUUUAUGUAUUAUUUAUUUAUGUAUGUUUUUUUUAUUAAGGGGACAAUCUCUCUUAAGUGGAUGAUGCUACAGAAAUUAUUCAACAUUGAGGGAUAUUUAUAUUUCUGUCUGACUAAAAAAAAAAGUGUGCAUUUCA